CCAGCUUGCUAUUUCUAUAUCUGAUCAUGCAUCUGUGCAUCAGUAAGAUUUGGGACACUGAGCUGGACAAGUCGAAAUGGAUGCACUUCUGAAAAUUGUCUUGUUGAUCAGUUUGUACUUAAUUGCUAUAAGCCUCCACAUGGGAUUGUGUGACGAUGUUCCUUCCGCCGAGGCAGACACAGUGGUAACUGAAAGUGAAGAGCACUACACCGCAUCCGAUGACUUCGACUAUUAGCAGUUACGAACACAAGCCAUAUUAAGCCUAAUCAUGAGUAAAUAAAUUGACAAUCUUUCAGCAGGGAAA